AUGACCCACCUACAAAAGCUUGAUUUCAGUGGAGUGAACAUUAGCUCUACAGUGCCUUAUAUUCUGACAAAUUUGUCUUCUUUAACUUUCCUCAAUCUUCGAUUUUGCAGUUUGCACAGAGAAUUUCUUGCAGGCAUCUUUAAACUAUCAAAUUUACGGUUUCUCUCAGUGUAUGGCAAUGAAGGUCUCACCUGUUAUUUGCCUAGCUUUACAUGGAGUAGUUCGCUUGAGAGAUUGAAGCUCUCAUUCACGAGUUUUUCCGGUGUUCUACCCGCUUCCAUGGGAAACCUUGGCUUUUUGACUACUUUGCUCAUGUCUGAUUGCAAUUUCUCGGGGUCUUUUCCAUCUUCACUUGGUAGCCUCACUAAACUCAUUACUCUUUAUCUUUCAUCCAACGCUUUUGUGGGUAACGUCCCAACUUCACUUGGAAACCUUGUUCAACUCUUUGAUUUAGACAUUUCCAACAAUCAAUUGACAGGUCCAGUCCCUUCUAGUAUUGUAAACUUGCCACAAUUGUAUCUUGUUGAUCUAAGCUAUAAUCUUUCGAAUGCUGGCUUGGACCUUUCAGCCAACAAGCUUCAUGGUCAAAUUUCAAACUCAGUCUUUAAACUCAAGAAUCUUGAAUUUCUUGAUCUUUCUAACAACUACCUUACAUCCAUAAAUUUAACUACGUUGGAUAUUUUUAGUAAUCAAUUGAGCGAGUUUCCGAAUUUUCUAAGAAACCAACAUGAAUUGAAGUACUUAAACUUGUCCAACAACAAGAUUCAUGGCCAUUUCCCAGAAUGGAUGUGGAGCACAAGUACUACAAGUCUAAAAUUUCUUGAUCUUUCCAACAACUUUCUUACUGUCUUUGGUCAGCAUCCAAUUUUUCCUCCAUGGACUCGUCUGCAAGUUCUUGAUCUCUGGUUCAAUUUGCUCCAGGGAUCACUUCCUAUUCCACCAGUCUCCACUUUGCAUUUUUAUAUUUCCAACAACUCAUUGAACGGAAAUAUACCAUUUUCUUUUUGCAAUCUGAGUUCUCUUCAAGUCCUUGAUUUGGCUAAUAACAACUUAAGUGGAUCACUUCCUCGAUGCUUAGACAACUUUGGAGCUUUUUCUAUCAGUACUUGA